UAUAUGUUUGUAAAGUGCGGCCAGCUAGUUAUAAAUGCCAGUGUCCGAUUGAAGAAAGCUUCCAGACUUGAAGAAAAACUUGCUGAGUGAAGACAAACAAUAGAAUAUAAAUUAAUUUUAAUUUCUUUAAACAAUGAAGGACAUAAAAUACCAGACAGCCCCACUUUGGUUAACAACGGAGUACGUCGAGUCUUUUCUACGAAAGAAUAAAAAGGAUGAAGGACUUUCAAUCACAAAACUGGACAUAAAACCAGCCACAAAAAAGGGUGACAACUAUGCCAGUGUGAUGACACGAAUCAGCGUCGAUUUCAAGUUAAGCACCAAGGAAACCGAACAUGGUUUAUAUAUCGUGAAGACCUCACAUGAAAGUGAUCCUUUCGCAGCAAGUAUCAUGAGUCAAUAUGAUAUCUAUAACACGGAAAUGUUAAUGUACGAAAAAGUCUUACCAAAACUGACCGAGUUGCUAAAGGAAAUCGGUGACACAGAUAAACUAUUUGCCGACACCAUUUAUGUGGACUACAAGCAUUCAGCUAUAAUUUUUGAAGACCUUGCAGUGUUAAAAUUUGUUACUCCUGAUCGGUUAGUUGGGAUGGAUGAAGCGCAGACCAUGUUGACACUUAAAAAACUAGCAAAAAUGCAUGCAACCGCGGCCGUACUAAAUGAGCGUGAGCCUGGCAUUCUAACUAAAUUGCAAAGGGGGAUAUUUAAUCGUGAGACAAGUGGGUUUGCACCGUUUUUCGAGGGCGUUCUAGAAGCUUGUGCGGAUUUUGCUGGAGAUUGCGCGAGUUUGGGAUCUUAUUACAAGAACAAACUGCUCAAGUUAAAGUCACAUGUGAUGGAAUAUGGUACGCGUGCCUUUGAUCCCCGUCAGGAUGACUUUUUAACACUUAAUCAUGGUGAUAUGUGGACCAAUAAUGUAAUGUUAAGAUAUGAAUAUUGUGACGGUAGUGAUGAACGAUCAACAACUGGAAGGGUAAUUAAAGAUAUCUUGCUGAUCGAUUUUCAAUUCAGUGCAUGGACGUCGCCGGCGCUCGACCUUCACUAUUUCUUUCAAACUUCAUUGCCUUUAGAAUUUAAGCUGCACCGAGAGGAUGAACUUGUCAAGUAUUAUCAUGGUUUUUUGUCUGAAACUUUGCGUCUACUCCAUUAUAAAGGACACAUACCUAGUUUACAUGAAUUUACUGUGCAAAUGGAGUCUCACCGAUUUUACGCGGUUGCUUCGUCGCUGGUAUGUCAGGCUCUCCUUAUUAAUGACAAAACUGAUGAAGCUGAUUUCAACAUUGUGAUGGGAACUGGGGAGCAUUCGCAUGCAUUUCGUAGGCUUUUAUACACAAAUAAAAGAAUACAAGAUAACGCUAUAGCAUUACUGCCUUACUUCGAUCGCAAAGGACUACUUGAUGUAACUAAAAACUCGGUUGUGCUUAGCAGUGAUCGCAUUGAAUUUGAUUUAAUUAAAAUGAAGGAAACAACUGAGUCAGUUUUAACUUGGUUAACAAAGGAAUACUUCGAGACAAUUUUGCGUGAAUACAAAAAAGACAAAGGACUCAUUGUAACAAAUCUUAGUGACUCUAGCGGAACAUCAAAAGGUGAUAGUUUCAUUAGUACUUUAACGCGUUUUAAAGUAGAGUUCCUGGAGUCAAACUGCAAGGAGCCGCGUCAGGCAUUUUACAUCGCAAAAACUAAUUAUGAGGGUGAUCCAGUCAUUGCUAGAUUUAUGAAUGAUUUCGAUGUUUACAACAGAGAAAUGCUUAUGUAUAAACAGAUUCUACCACAAAUGACCGCAUUAUUGGUAGAAAUAGGGGAUGAUGAGAAGCUCUUUGCCGAUACAAUACAUGUGGAUUUCGAACGAUCAGCUAUAAUUUUUGAGGAUUUGUCGGCGUCGGACUUUAUCGUAGGUGAUCGUAUAGCCGGGCUGGAUGAGUCGCAAGCUCGGCUAAUCUUGAGGAAACUGGCUAAAUUUCAUGCUACUGCCGCUGUGCUUAACGAACGCACGCCAAAGAUUUUGACAAAUUUACAAGGUGGGUAUCUCAGACGUUCAAAUCACGCCUUUGAACCUUUCCACGAAGGCAUGGUUGAGGUAUGUGCAAAUUUCGCUGACAAUUGUGAGGAAUUGGGACAUUACUACAAAGAGAAAUUACUCAAACUGAAGCCCUAUAUAUUCGAGUAUUCUGUGCGGAGUUUUGAUCCUAAAGAGGGACAUUUCCUCACGCUCAUUCAUGGCGACGUUUGGACCACUAAUAUAAUGUUCUCAUUUGAAGAGCAUGGCGACAAUAAUCGCACAAAGCACGUUAAGGAUGCACGCUUAAUUGAUUUUCAAUUUAGUAAUUGGUCAUCGCCAGCCGGGGACUUACAUUAUCUAAUUAACACUUCAUUUGAAAACCAACUGCGUUUGCAUCGUCAGGAUGAAUUAAUUCAAUAUUACCAUGAGGUUUUAAGUAGCACACUACACAAGCUCACAUAUGGUGGGCAUAUUCCUUCCUUACACGAUCUCUGUAUUCAAUUGGAAGAUCGACGUUUCUAUGCAUUAACAUCUACGAUAGUAAACCAACCGCUCCAGAUCAGUGAAAAUAGUGACGAUUCAGACCUUAAUAGCUUAACCGAGGUUAAUGAGCGUUCCAAAAAUUUUUACAAAAGAUUGUAUACCAAUAAAAAGGUGCAAAGUAUAAUCAAAGCACUACUACCAUAUUUCGAUCGAAAAGGACUUCUAGAUGUAUCUGAUUAGAUUUGAAUGUAAGAAUGAUAGAUUGCUCUGUACAAAUAAAAUAAUCUUAAAGAAACCUUCAA